UCUUUUACUUCCCAUCUCUUCGUCAUCACCAUCCCCCUCUUUCCGCAGCGGCCGCUUUCUUCGUUUCUUCCUCUCCCUUGUUUGAACCUCUUUACCUUCACCACGACAGCAACUUGUAUUAUACCAAUCCCAGCGACGCUGACAAAAACCGACGAUUUGGUGCUCGAGCUUCCGGAUAUAGCUUCAAAAUCUCCCCUCCCCCCCAAAUUCCAAAACAACCCUGAUACUUGCCUUGGGUCGCCCACAAUAGGCUAUUCAAUGUCAACGCCUCUUUCAUCCCGAAGAAAGUGAGCGCCGUUUCGCACACCAAGAACGGAAAGAAGGGCACGAGAUACGAAGAACGAUACCAACUGAAACCUUCAUCCUACAAGUAACAACAACAACAACAACAACACCAGACCACUCGAUCUUCAAGCCAACAUGGUCCUCACACACACGACGAACCACACCUACUCCCACCCCUUCCCGACCGUGACGCUCGCCUACUUCCUCCGCUACUCCUCCCCCAAGCUCAACCCCUUCUCAACCCAUGUCCUCAGCACCGACACCAUCGACAGCCACCUCGACCCGGCCACGGGCAGGCUGCACACCACCCGCAUCCACCUGAAGAAGUCGCGCAUGCCCGCCCCCAUUUUCAAGCUCCUCCCGGCCUCCAUCACCGGCGGCGGCUCCGCCAGCGAGAAGGCGAGCUACGUCCUCGAGACCUCCGUCAUCGACAUGCGCGAAGGCUGGAUGACCACCGAGAGCCGCAACCUCAACUUCAUGAACGUCCUCUCCGUAGUCGAGAAACAGGACUUCCGCCUCCCCGCCGAGGCCCCCGCCGAUGCGGCCACCGACGUCACCACCACCCUCGUCUACAAGUCACGCCUCGGCGACCGCCUCCGCGGCGGGAAGAAGGACCAGGCCCCUUCGGCCGUCGACCAGCCCGAGCAGAAGGACGGCCGCUGGAUGCCCGGAUGGAUGAGCGGCAUUGGCGCUCGCGGUGUUCAGCGCAGCAUCGAGAGCAUCGCCUCGAGCAAGACCCAGGACCAGAUGGGCAAGAGCCGCGAGGGCAUGCGCGUCGUCUUGGAGAGGCUCCGCAAAAACGGCGUCGUCGGCGUAUUGGAGAUGAUGAGACGGGAGCGCCAAUUGGCUUGAAGGCCUCUCUCGCCUCGAUGGAUGCGAACAUUGGAGCGUGACCUGGACCGGGGGAGGGGAGAGAGCGCGAACACAUGUACAUCACUCGCGACGGACUCUUCCUCUGACGGCUAGGCAGUCCGCGGCUCACGCUCCGGUGUACUCCCUUGUACCCCUAACCCAACCCACUUGUUGUACAUUACUAUAUAUGACCAUAGCGCGGCGUCUUUAUGGCUUUCUUUACGGCGGUUGAGGACACACGGCACGAAAACGGACUGUGGACUGACGGGAAACAAAAAAAAACAUUAUUGGGCUUGCUCUGUCAUGCCGUUUCUGUAUGACAUCCCCUCUCUUGUAGUUGACACUGAUGUAGUCAAACAUGUAUUCAAAUAAAACAAAAUUUUUCAA